CAGCCGGCCGGCUCGAAGUCUGGUCACACUUGCCACCCAGAACAUACAAAUUGGUUUCUUUUCGAGCGGAAAACCUAUAGAUUUUAAGAAUUUCGACCAUUUUGCGAGCAAUCCAUACCACUUACCGAGUGCCGGCACAUUGCCGUGUAGCAAGUUUAUCGCUGGGCGAUAGGAUUCGUUUAAAAUCCGCCAAAAUGUCGCAGUCACCGGAUGGCGGGAUUUCCAAAAUGGAAACGGACGAAGGGCCGGUGCUUCCGGUAGACUACCGGCCGCAAUCGUGGCGUGGACUGCCCAUGGAGGCUAUACAUCGUCAGCGCCAGCCCUUCGAACUGGAACACUUGCCAGCCGUGACGGCGGGAAACCUUCACCGGGUGAUGUACCAACUGCCCAUACGGGACACCCCGCCUCGCCCACACAAAUCACCGGGUAAGUGGGAUUCGGAGCAUGUGCGUCUGCCAUGCGCGCCAGAGUCGAAGUAUCCACGAGAAGCGGCAGAUGGCAGCACCAGCAUCGAUUCCCGCUGGGGCAUGAUAGAGCGGGCCCUGCUGCAGCCCAUCGAAUCCAGUGAGGAGCUUCAGAACGCCAUUCUAUCCUAUAACACCACCUAUCGCGACCAAUGGCACUUCCGGGCACUGCAUCAGCUGUUCGAGGAGGAGCUGGACGAGAGCGAGACGAGGGUCUUCUUCGAGGACCUGCUGCCCCGCAUCAUCCGACUGGCCCUGCGGCUGCCCGACUUGAUUCAAUCCCCGGUGCCGCUGCUCAAGCAGCACAAGAACGCCUCGCUGAGCCUGAGCCAGCAGCAGAUCGCCUGUUUGCUGGCCAACGCCUUCCUGUGCACAUUUCCCAGGCGCAACACGCUGAAAAGGAAGUCCGAGUACAGCUCGUUUCCCGAUAUCAACUUUAACAGGCUCUAUCAAUCGACGGGUCAGGCUGUGCUGGAGAAGCUCAAGUGCAUUAUGCACUAUUUCCGGCGUGUGUGUCCCACGGAGCGGGAUGCCAGCAAUGUGCCCACCGGUGUGGUGACCUUUGUGCGCCGCAGCGGCAUGCCCGAGCAUCUAAUCGACUGGAGCCAGAGUGCGGCGCCCCUGGGCGAUGUGCCAUUGCAUGUGGAUGCCGAGGGCACGAUCGAGGACGAGGGCAUUGGCCUGCUGCAAGUGGACUUUGCCAACAAGUACCUGGGUGGCGGUGUCCUCGGACAUGGUUGCGUGCAGGAGGAGAUACGCUUUGUGAUCUGCCCGGAGCUCUUGGUGAGCAAACUCUUCACGGAAAGUCUGCGACCCUUCGAGGCACUCGUGAUGCUGGGCGCCGAGCGGUAUAGCAACUAUACGGGCUAUGCUGGCAGCUUCGCCUGGUCGGGCAACUGUGAGGAUGCCACGCCGCGGGAUAGCUCUCAUCGCCGGCAAACGGCCAUUGUGGCCAUAGAUGCGUUGCAUUUUGCCCAGUCGCAGCAUCAAUAUCGCGAGGAUCUAAUGGAACGGGAGCUGAACAAGGCAUACAUAGGUUUUGUCCACUGGAUGGACAUGCCACCGCCAGGCGUGGCCACCGGCAACUGGGGCUGUGGUGCCUUUGGCGGAGAUUCCUACUUGAAAGCCCUGCUGCAACUCAUGGUCUGCGCCCAACUGGGCAGACCUUUGGCCUACUAUACCUUUGGCAACACCGACUUCAGAGACGACUUCCAUGACAUGUGGCUGUUGUUUCAAAGUGAGGCGACUACGGUGCAGCAGCUUUGGAGUAUUUUAAGGUCCUACAGUCAGCUCAUGAAGGAGCACAGCUCUGCCAAGGAGCCGCGUGAGCAGAAGGCAACAAAAAAGAAGCUUUACGAAUUUAUAAAGGAGGAAUUAAAGAAAGCGACGCCUGUGGAAGCUGGAACACCAGGAACAUCCGGAUCAGCAGAGGCAAAAUCGGAAUCAAAAGCCUCAGUAACAUCGGCGAAAACCUCGCCAGAAGUCAACAAAAAGACAACCCAACAAAGUCCCGAUCUCUUUCCCCCCCAAUCAUCGCAAGAUGAUUCCGAUUCCUCGCCAGAACAGGGUAUUCUCAUGCUUUCCGAUGAUGAGGAGGCCAAUGCCAUGAUGGAGGCCGCCAGUUUGGAGGCAAAAAACAGCAAGGAAGCCAGCAACAGCAGCAGCAGCGCACCGGCCAAGAGUAAUAGUUCCACUACUGGAACAGUUAGCGGUGGUCGCCAGUUGACCUUGCUCGAGAUGCUGGACACACACUACGAAAAGGGACAGGCCUCGAAGAGGCCACGAAAGGCGGCCAAUGCUGAGGGCCAAGCAAAGAGUCGCAAGGAGAACAACGAUGUGCAGGACAAGGAGGAUUUUGUUGACUAAGUGAUAUACCUAUAUUGCCCUAGAGCAUUUGUAGUACCCUAGGAAAAAGUCCUACCCCAAGCGAAACGAAGUUCUAACCCAAAUGUUACCAAAUUCUUGGAAUUUUGCUAGACUAAGCUCACCUAUAUAGUGUAACUGAA